GCCAGUGUUACAUCGUUUUAAUUAACUGUUAAGUUUCGAAACGUGAUCUACAGUAUAUGACAUGUUUGGAUGAGUAUAUUAUUAAUAUAUAGAUUAAUGUUUUUAACUGUGGGGAGCUUUUCAAAUCUGUUAUGUCUAACACGAAAGAAAUAAUCACCAUUCAAAUUGGACAUUACUCAAAUUUUGUAGGAACUCAUUGGUGGAACUUACAGGAAGCAUCUUUUUGCUAUGAUGCAAGUAAAGUUCCUGAAUUGGAGAUCAAUCAUGAUGUGCAGUUUCGUGAAGGAAAAACCUUAAGGGGUCACACUACAUAUACGCCUCGUCUUCUUGCUAUAGACACGAAAGGAAGUUUAAAGACUUUGAAGCAAACAGGAACUUUAUAUGACAUUUCUCAUACCAAACCUAGCUCUGAAUGGGGUGGAAAUAUAGACAUUUUCAAAAGUGAACCAGAAAGAAGAAAUGAAUUUUUAAAACAAAUAGAAAAAAAUCAGAGGUCAUGCUACAAAGAUACUGAGUGCUGUGUAAAUUUUGAUGAAGAAAAGGAUACUUGUCAAGCCAAAUUCUCUUCAGCAGUACCUGAAACAGCAUCUUCAGAAGAAUUUGGACUGAAGACUUAUAAUUUGGAUAAUGGCGUAGAAGUGUGGUCAGAUUUUCUAAAAACUCAGUUUCAUUCUCGGAGCAUUUGUCUGAUUGAUGAGUACUUCCAUGACAGUGAACAAGAUCCAUUUGAUCUAUUUGGCCUUGGAGUGCAAGUGAUGUCCUCUGAGAACUACUGUGAUGAGGUUGAAAACAGGUUGCGUUUAUUUUCAGAAGAGUGUGACUUUCUUCAAGGCUUUAACAUUCUUUUAGAUGGGUAUAAUGGGUUUUCGGGUGUGGCUGCAGGUAUAUUGAACCUGCUAAAUGAUGAUUACAGAAACCAAGUUAAGUUCUGCUGUCCUCUUUAUCAGCCAGAAUACAAAAUACUGGGAAAUAUGUCCCAGAGGGAAGAAGUACACAGACUUUUCAGUAGUAUCCUCUGUUUUGAAAACUUAGCAGAAAAUAGUUCUUUGUUUUGUCCAAUGUCCCUAGGCACCAACCUUAUAUCUUCAUCUUCAGAACCUCUCUCAUUUCCUCAUCUAAACUACAAUCCCACAUUACCCUAUCAUACAAGUGCUAUCAUUACAUCAGCCCUUGAUACUAUCACUCUCCCACUUCGUCAUAGGAAGAAUGCAGUUCAUAUGGUUGAUACUAUAAACACCUUAAAUAUUCUUGGGAGAAAAAUGGCAACUUUUAGCCUUUGUCUUCCUGUCUCUCUUCCUGAAGAAAGUUACUUGUCAGACAUUUGGUUACCUAGUAAAAAUAAAAAAAGCAUACAUCUUCAGUCUUUGUUACCUAACUGUGAUAUAUAUGGGUUUAAGACUGCCUCUGAGACAAUAGUUUUACGAGGAAUUCCAUCUUAUCUAACUUACAGACCCUCCUUUCCAAGCCAUCAACAGACUACAAGGGAAGAGCUAUUAAGUUUCUAUUUAAAUCAGUGGUAUCCAUGCCCUAUGAGCAUUAUAAAUACACUGAAUGAACCAUGUAAAGUCACCGUUCCAUUUCCUCACAUCUUCAAGCCAGAAAUCACUUCAGAAGGAUUUCUUAGCUCUAAAGUUAGAAGAGCACAUCAGAGUGUUGAAAAUGUCCCAGUUAUGGCAGGGUUACACAGCUCAAAUAAUAUUUCAAGGCUUUUGGAAGAAAUAGUUCAAGAAGCAUCCAGACGAAACAUUUACAAGUACCAUCGCUGUUGGGAGACUGGUUCAGAGCCAGAUGAUCUAACUGAGGCCCUACACAACUUAGAGACUUUAGCUAUGAAUUUCUCUGACAGAAAUGAGAUAAGUUAAAGAAGAUAAUAAACUCAAAAACUGUCUGAAAAAAAAAGUAUUUGAAAAAAGUUUCUGCAUAUUUCUUCUGUAAAGAGAAUUGUGAUUGUUAGAUUAGAAAGUGUCUGAAAUUUACAACUAUACCAAAAAUAGCAUAAAACGUUAAGCAUGGACAGCCUUAGAUAGGUGUAAGUUUAAAAACUCAUGCUGAAAAUGGUAAAAUUAAUGUGGAUUAUUGUUCAUGACUAAUCUGUCAACCACUGCCCCUUAUAUGAAUCUGAUAAAGAAAACUUUAAUUGAGAAAAAUAAAAUACCUCAUAACGUCUAAUGCUUCAAAGUUUAAUUCAGUAUAUCUUUAACACUAGAACAGCCAGUGAUUCACUCGUACUUAGAACUGCCAUAAUGCUGUCAUUUUGAUGGCUACAUACUAUAGUGUCACUAUUAAAAUGAAAGACAAAUUAUUGAAUACAACUCAAAAGUUUUAUUUUGGAACAUCAAAACAAGCAUAAUAACAGUAGGAAAAUAAAAAGUUGUGCAAAAAAACAACACUUCAAUAACUUAAAUGCUACAAUAAAAUAUACAUAUCAAAAGAAACAAGUUAGUAAGCAUUUAUAAACAGCUUUAUGUACAUGCAAAACUUUAAAUAAACUGGUAGGUAAAUUAUACUUAACAGUAUAUGUUCAUAAAAAAAUUGUGAAGAAAGUUAUGCAACUCCCAUUAUAAAUGAGCAUAAGAGGCACAAUUCACACAAAUUCCCUAACUGUGCAUCUACCACACACAAGUAUUUCACACAGGCCACAUUUAUCUGAAGUUAAAUUUUUAUUGCAUUUAGCUAUAGCACUGGAUUCAGGCUGGGAUGCUUGGUACUUUGCAGUUUCUCAAACGCAUUUUUGUUGGAAAUCUGAGAUGAAAUCUCUCCUACUUAUAUUUUCACAAGUGCAUUCCUUGUACAAAACAAAGGAACUUAUGGCUGCCAGAUCCAUAACAUUGUAAAAUACAGCAACUGGCUGUCAAUGAGAACUGGCUUUUACUGCGUACUGAUGUGCCAUCUGGUCUGACAACAUCCACUCUGUACUUUGUCUGGUUGUAGAAAACCACAAUCUCCAGUUUUUUCUCCUCAGUAGUGUCAAUGCCAACUGACAUAUGAAGAGAGCUGAGAAUUCAAACAUUUUUCCUUGACUUUCACAUGUAAACAAUUAAUGUAGCAAAGUCUCUGUGUUUCAAAAUUGUACUGGUCUACAGCUCUGGAUUUGUUCACCAUUCCAACUACACUAUGUUUAUUUCUGCAACUCUUUUGCCAGUUUAACUUAAGUAAAAAAAAAUUGUCUGUAGUCACAUUCCCUUUUCAUAAGUAUGGUGUGAUCAACUUGAUUACCACACUGUCUGCCAGCCUCUGAACAGCUAGGUGUGUUUCAUCUUUGCCCAGGUAGGAAAAACCAUUCAAAAUGUAUUUUGAGGCAAUGUCUACUGCCAACCAAAACUUUAUUUCAAAUUUGUUUGGUUUGUUGGCUAUGUAUGGUGUCCAGCAACACCAUGCUUUUGUGGGAAACAACUGCUUUUCCACAAUAAUGUUCUCUUCUGCCUUCUAGCAGACAAUGCUGUUUUAAAUGAAGCCUUUCCAAAUUUCUGAUGCUAAUGCAAAUUUGUCUGUUUGGAGUUGAGCACUUCUUGUCACACUUAAGUCAAAAUGCAAAAUUCUCGAUAUUUCUCAAAAUUGAUUCCUUGGCAUUGUUUCUGUAAAGAGUAAUUCUCCAUUAUGCAAACCAAUAGCUUUCCAGGUAAACACUUUUGCUACCAAAGACCCCACGAACAUAUAGUAAUGCAAUAAAUGCUUGUAAUUCUACAACAGAUAUUUUCCAGGAAUCACUGAAUUGUACCCUAUGCCCAUCUGCUUCAAUACAUUACUAUAUUUACAUUAAAUACAUUAGUAUUUGCAUAUCAGUCAAUAAGUGAACAUCAUUGAGAGGACUAUCAAUGUUGCAUUUUGCCCACUGUGUUGGACCUGAAGUUUCUCUCAAAACAUUUUGUGUAGCCUCAACACCAGGAUUCAUAUUUUUUCUUGAAUUGUUCCAUCCUUUCCAAUAUCCUGUGUACCAGCUCACACUAGUGACACAGCUGGAGUUGCUGUGGUUGGUACUGUACUGGGCAAAGUGGCUUGCAUUGCAGAGGAUUAUCCAGGACUGCUACUUCUCUUACUACCUAUUCUGCAUCUGAAGAGUUGUUUUGGUGGUAGUGGCACAUUCCUCACUUUCACUUGGAGGACUCUCUAUUUCACAAGUAUAAAGCACAAAAAUCUGUAUGUUUGUUUGUUUGUCCCUUUUCUAACUACUCCUAGGUCACUGGGCCAGUCUCAACCAAACUUUGUGGGAUGAUAGUUUGGAACAAGGGGAAUGUUAAUAGGGGACUAACAACUCUCGCCACCUCCACCAGCUGUUAUUGAGCUUUUGUUAUAUUUAAUAUAAGUUAACAUUAACUACACACAUAGAUGGUAACAUGUCCUAAUGCAAAAAAAAUUAUUCAACUUUCUAGAACACAACAUACACAAAGUGUUGGGGAAGGCACACAAAUGCGUUAUAUAUCUCUAUAGAGGAAUGCAAUGAAAACAAAUGGCCACCACUAUUGCAAUAAUACAUAAACUCAGAUGAAGUAGAUACUACAACAGUCACUGUAAAACUGAUUUUGAAGAGCAGUUUCUUGAGUUAUACCCACUUCUUAUUUUGUCCCGUAAUUAAGACACUUCUGCAUCCAAUGACUGUCAAUUAAUUAAUCAUUUGAAGCACUGUGGAAGGACAUUAAGAAUUGGGUGUUGAAAAUGGGUAACAAAAAGCACUCCAACCACCACCACUUUGGCUGCUACCUCUUAAUACAAAGUCACCCUGAUCAUUGCAUAGUGUAUAUCAUGUUUAAAGUAUAUACAUAUUGAGUUCUUAAACCUUACACACACAUAAAAUGUUGGGGAGGUAAAAAUGAAUGCUGUAAUAACAUGUUAUGUUAUAAAUAAAUUGUGUGAAAGUUAG